AUGAAUCCUUCUAUUGGGAAUAUUGCGAAUGUGUUCAGGGAUGUCUGCGCGAUGAAUCCCGACAAUUCUGAAGCCAUCGCUGCUAUCGAUGUCCUAACCCGAGUUUUACGCACUUCCGACGUUUCCACUGUUCAAGGAUUGCAUGGUGUUUUAAAUGACGCCAUCGCAGAAAUGACCGACACGGGUCGACAUCACUUGUGCGUCAAAUCUGCAUGCGAAUUAUUUCAGCGCUUCAUCACUCUGACGAUUUCCGAGGCUCCAGAUGACUUUAUCCGAUGCAAACAAGUGCUUCAGGAAAGGGCUGACCUCUUCCUCAAAAAAGUCAGCGCCUGUAAACAACAAAUCGCCAAGAACUUCCUCAGUCUACUACCUGAUGGGGCUUGUCUGUUGAUCCAUUCAUACUCACGUGCAGUUCUCGCCGCUCUAACAGCUUAUGCCAUCAGUCGACCCGAGAGUUCCGGGAGUAGCGGCCGAUUGCAUUGUUAUGUGACCACUUGCGCUCCACAUGAGUCCGGACGAAAAAUGAUGAAAGCUUUGGCCAAACUGAAGAUCACUCUAGUGCUUAUGGGUGCGCAAGCGGUGGUUGAGAGUGGAGGAAUUCUCAACGACCUCGGUUCUUCCACGGUUGCGAUGAUCGCAUCUGCUUUCGGGAAACCGGUGUACGUUUUGGUCGAGUCUUUCAAAUUCAUUCGAGCCUUCCCAUUAGAUCAAAGACACAUUCCAGAAGAGUUCAAAUCCACUUCUGGCUUCUCACCCGCUUGUUCGCCCAUGCGGAAUUUGAAAAUGUCUAAUUCAUUGGAAUCCGUUGAUGAUGGUGAUCCGGAGGGUUCAUCUGUCGAAGAUUUCCCAGAGCUGCACACUCCAUGGGCUGAAGUUUGUCGUCACCGCACUCGUGUCAUUGAACGAACUAUUCCUAGCAUUGACUACACCUACCCAUGUUACAUUUCUCAUUUGGUAACCGAUUUGGGUGUGCUAACCCCAUCAGUUGUCAGCGACGAAUUGAUCAAGCUAUACCUCAGUAUGCAGUCUGUCGGAUCAAUUUACCCACAUUGUCAUUUACUCUGGCUUCUCUGUGUGCUCGUUCGUCUAUGCUCCUAUACUGGCCUGCAUUCGGAUGCUGAGUCUCAGUCUCUUCAUUCGCUGUUUUCAUCCUCACGUCCAACCAUGGAUGAUUCCCAUGUUCAGGACAGACAUCCCCUUCUUUUGCUUCUCAUCGACUCAUUACGAUGGGAUUUGGUCGAUCAGUAUGCGUUGCGAUUUAACAUGACGUUGCGUGGAUUCGGUCAGCUGCGCGAUUACGGUAGCUAUGUGGAACGCGUCACCCCAGUGUUCCCAGCAGAAUGUUUUCCAAACUUGCUUUCGCUGUUCACAGGUCAAUAUCCUAUUGAACACGGAGGCAUUUUUACCCAGCUGUUCGAUGAGCACGAGAAUCGUUCGUUCAAUUUCGAUUUACUUGAAGAUCGCGAGCAUCUGAUACCACAUGUGUUUCAAUAUGGUCCGCUUAAAAAUAAAGCUGUAUACAUGUACCACCUACCAAUUUGCACGAAUCUCACGGUAGGGACGAUGAACUGUGAACCAUACACGCCAGAUUACAUGACACCUGAGGGCUUGGACAUCAUUCUCUCCCGGGCGCUGACUCGUCUUAAGGAGAGAUCUUCUGACAUCGUUGUUGUCUACUACGAUAAGCUGGAUGAGCUGGGGCAUCGGCAUGGACCUCUCUCCGACGAGCUCUUUUCCCACUUGUAUAAUCUGGAUCAAGUACUGGACAAGCACUUGCAUCAGCUGCGUUCCACUGCCAAAGACACACCUAUAAACAUGAUUCUCACUUCGGAUCACGGUAUGACCGAUGUAAUUGGCGAAGAAGCCUUGGACCGAUUCAUUUUGCGUUCCCAAGUCAGCAGGGUGAUCAAUCGGGGCAGCACUGUUUCCAUCUGGCCACAUCAAGAGCACUACAAUGUGGUGUAUCAUCGUCUGACCUCUUCACAGAAGCCUCACUUCGCUGUAUACACAAACUCAACCAUUCCAGUCGAUUGGCACACCGGUGGUGUCCGAUUUCCCCCCUUAUUAUUGGUGGCCAAACCGGGAUACCUGAUUCGCUCCAUGCACUGGCCUAUAGUAUCCGGCCAUUACGCAGUGGAUAAUGGCUCACUCAAAGGUGCUCAUGGUUAUGACCACACUCACACAGACAUGCAUAUCCCUAUGUUUGCUUUUGGUCCAUCGAUACGUCCAGGUGCUGUAUACAGAUCGACCAACUUGAAUCAGCUGCACACACAUAAGCUGAUCUCUUCUCUCUCGCCUUCAACUUUUGUGGCUCGCUCGCGUUCUGUGUCUACCAUGGGCGACCGACCAAGCAUUGGUCUUUUCAUGACUCCUUCAGUACUAUUUCAAGACGUACUUUGGACGACUGUCAUGGCGGCAGCGACCGCUGCUUUAACUCUGACGAUUCUGAUCACCGGUUUACUGAUUGUGCGACGUUUGGUAUCCACGAAUUGCGCCAACUCCGUCCGAUCAGUGUCAGAUGACAAGUUGCUCGACGAGGACGAUGCCAUGGCUUGAUGCCACUGCUUUUUGUCCCGUUGCCUAGUGUUCUACAAAUUAGUGCACUGCUGCUCACUACCCAAGUGAUUCACCCACUUUCUAGUCACUAUUCUUAUUGGAUCCUGCCUCGGAAAUUUUCACCCUCCUUUGCUUUCCCUCACACUCUGUCCCCCUCGGACUACUUUUGUAGCAUUUAUCGCGUCGGUCUCGCCGCACCGAUCUUGAUGCCUCUGAUCCACCUCCCUUCUGCAUUUCGUUGUUUCUUUUUCUCAAUUCCGUCCCUCCUAUAGAUCUUCAUUUUUACGCAUGAUAUCAAUCGAUCCCGUCUAGUCUAUAGUCUCGUUGCUCACGGCUUUCUAUAUGUUUUCAAUGAUGCGUUGGUUCAUAUACUGUGUUCCACAAACUAUUCACUUGCAAGGGAUAACUUAAGUGAGCCGAGAUCGAAAAAUUUCUUAAUGCUUUAGGCUUCCGUUUUGCGAUUCGUCACUUCGAGCGCUCCGGUUUUUCGCGUUUACCGACUAUGCUUCUCUAAAGCGAAGCAUCAGUACAAAGUACUGGAUAUUGGUGGUUCUUGCAUCUUCCUACUUCGAGUCCCCGUUCGUGUAUGAAUCUUGGUCUCCCUGCGGUAUCUCAACUCACGAGCGAUCGCUUGGCAUCAAAUCAUCAUCACCGGUGUUGACGAUUUUUACUUUUUUUGCUGGACCGAUAGGUUUCUCAUGGAUUACACUGUCCACCUCCACACAUCUUUCUUGCCCACAGUGAGCAUCCGUUGGUCACACCCUUUCUAUAUCACAUGCAUGAGUUCGGGAGCCGAACCCUGUUUGCACUAUUGACUGCAUGUUUCUCCUGUGGUUCAUGUCGAUUGCUUGUCC